AGACAUAGCUAGAAUUUGGUUUUGAACACAUGCUAUCGUCAACAUGCUGUUGUUUCUUCUAAUCCUUCCUGGGGUUCUUAAAGCCCAGAAUUUAGUGACAAAUCCUAGUUUUGAGACUUUCAGUAAAUAUGAUUGCUGGUCAUGUACGUGUACCCUAUCUUCAGACAGCCAUAGUGGUUCCCAUAGUUACAAGGUAACAAAUAGACAAUAUGAAUGGACUGGUCCUUCUCAAGAACUAACUAUCACUCCAGAUAGAACCUACUCUUUCAAGGCCUGGGCAAAAUUGCUCAAUACAGCUCCAGGCAAGAUAUACAGUAAUCUAGAUUCACUGCUAGAAAUGAUAGACAACAAUGGUAAACAAACAUAUGUUUCUGCUGGUGUAACGCCAUUCAUCACACCAGGAAAAUGGCACGUCGUUGGAGGAGAUUAUUACAUACCGGCUAACACGAAAACUGUAAGGUUUUCUGUGAAGGUCCCAGAUCCAUCUGUUAACUUCUUAGUUGAUGAUUAUGAAGUCACGUGGAUUGAUCAUUCCUAUAAAUUUGAAAGUGACGAAGAUAAACGAAUUGAUCAACUAAGAAAAGCCAAUCUUCAAUUGAGUUUAAGUGGUUCAACUGCCCCUUCUGGUCUAAGUGUCGAGGUUCAACAAGUUAAAAGUGAGUUUGGCUGGGGUUCAGCGAUUAAUGUAGCUGGUAUAUUCGAUACAUUUCGACCAAAUUACAUGAAGUUUUUCUACGAUUUGUUUGAAUGGAGUGUUCUGGAAUGGAGUCUAAAAUGGACAGCCACGGAACCUGUUAAAGGUGAACUUCAUUAUAAAUUACCACUUAAAGGUGUAAAUGAAAUGCUGUCGAAGGGUAUCAAGAUCAGAGGUCAUAAUAUAUUUUGGGGAGGACCGAAUGUGGUUCCAAAAUGGCAAAAGGACAUGUCUGGUUCACAGCUUAAACCACUAUUGUCUAAACAUAUACAAGAGAUGACCAGUACAUUUAAAGGAAAAUUUCAGCAUUGGGAUGUGGAGAAUGAAAAUAUCCAUCUCCACUUCUAUGAAGAGAAACUUCAAGAUCCCCACAUCACGGAAUGGAUGUUUAGAGAGGUUCAUAAACACGAUCCACAUACUCAAUGUUUCUUGAAUGAUUAUGAUGUCGUUGCUGGCGGAAUGUCUACACAGGCCUUUAAAGAUCAGGGAUUACAGUUUAAAGCUGAUGGAGUUCCGGUGGCUGGUAUGGGAAUUCAAAGUCAUCUUAGGUCAAACUUCGACUUGUCAGUGAUGAAGCAUAGAUUAGAUGAGGUGGCGGAAGUUGGAUUACCUAUUUGGAUUACAGAGCUUGAUAUUGAUGAAUAUGAUGCAAACAAAAAGGCCAAGAAAUAUGCCGAUGUGCUAAAACUUUACUUUAGUCAUCCGGCAGUCCACGGCGUCUUAUUUUGGGGAUUCUCGGACCAGCAUCAUUGGAGACCGAAUGCCGCACUUGCUAAUGGAAAAGAUGUAACGCCGAAUGCAGCUGGAAAAAAAGUUCAGGAACUCUUAAAGCAUACCUGGAGAACCAACGAAUCUCAUAAUAUAAGUCACGACCAGACAGUUAAAAUCAGAGCUUUUAAAGGUGCAUAUAAAUUGUUGGUACACCAUAAUGGUAAAGUUAUACAUACUGAGAAUUUUACAGUGGGGAAUAGUGGUAAUAGUUUGAAAAUAAACAUCAGUGGAACAGGGUCCAAUCCUCAUGUUGACCAUGUUAUAAUCGGUUAAAGAAAUAAAUAAAAUAAACUGGGAUACAAACAAAC